CUGUCAUCAUUUCAAACUCGGAAAGGUUACAUUACGGUUAUUCGUUGGACUUUUGUAAAAGUAAAUUUUAAAUUUAUCAGAUUAUUAAAUAUUGUGCAGUUAAUCUAGUUAUUUGUAUACCGUGGUCCAUUAAUUGUUGAAAAAUGAGGAGAUCAAAUUCUGCCUCAAAGAUUCCUUUGCCACCCUCAAUGCAAACCGCAAAUAUGGAAGCGAGGAGAAGGGAACGUUCCACAUCGCAAUUGCGGGCGCAAAGUAUGGAUCGUCUUAUGGUAACACCAUUAGGCUGUUUUGGAGGACGUAACACUGUUUCCGCACAAAAGAAAAUGUUGUGGACGCCUGCUUCGAGUUCUCGUGACUCCGCUAAAAGAAGUACAUUUUCUCAUCAUGCAUCGAGAAGCAGUAGGCCCAAAUCUCCAUUUGAUAAAAGGAAAAGCCAAUUUACUAAUGAUAAGAAAUGGGUAAAUGAUCAGUAUCACAAAAUUUUAGAAUUUAUUGAAUAUAGCGGAUUAGUUAAUCCCGAACUGGCCAAACAAUUGCGACCACCUACCAUGACUGCUUUCGCUAAUUUGGUUUCAGUACUCUUUGAAAAAUUACUUCCAAAUCCCAUACCAAUUACUUCACUGAAUUGUAUAGAAGUAGCGGUACAGGCUCUUAAACUUUUGGAAUAUUCUGGGCAAUUGAGUGUUACUACACUAAAAACCAUUAAUACUAUGCACGGCUGGCCGAAUUUUAUAUCGAUUAUAUCAUGGUUAAUUGAUCGAAUGCAAAUGCCCGAGAAAAUUAGCAAUGCAUUUGAAGAACAUUCUGAUCCGAGUGUCCAAACGAAAUAUAAAAAAUACCAGAUUUUUCACCAAUUUAUUUACAAUGUGUUUUCUGGUGCUUCAGAGGACGGUGAGGUUAAUAUUGAACUGUUGCAAGUCGAACUUGAAAAAAUGCGACUUGAUUUAAAUGACAUAAUGGGCAUAGAUGAAAAAUUCUACGAAAAAAUCGAAGAAACUCUCCAAUGCAAACAAAACGAGUUAACCAACAUUUGUCAGCAAAUUCAAGAAAUCAAAGAUAAGAAUCUUGAGUUGAGUAAAGAAAAUGUGCGAAUGCAAAACACCAUCAGUGACUACGAAGAAAAUAAGGAUAUUUGGGAACAAGAAUCUGCAGAUGAAGUUGCGAAACUAAACAACAAGUUCCAAAAAUGUAGUGUAGAGAAGGAAGCUCUGGUAUCAGCAGUUAACGAAUUGAAAGAUUGUAUUGCAAGCCAGCCAUACACCGUUAGCGACAAAAAUGAGCUGUUGAGCAGAAUACAGGAUCAAAAGAACGCAAUCAAGAGAAAAACAAAGAAAAUUGAUGAAUAUAGAUUAAUUAGAGACAAAAUGGAUUUGGAGUUAGACACCGAACUUCAAAUGGUGGAAAAAAGAGUAGACGAAUGGAAUGUCUUCAUAACAAAAUCUGUUCUACCCGAACUAGAAUGUUUACGACUGCGUGAAAGCGGCUUUGCUGGAUUUUUGGAGGAACUUGAAGCGCUCAAAAAAACGAAGGACAUCAUAGCAACUAAAACUCACCAAGAAUAUGCACACCUUAUGGCAAAGCUAGAAAUAGUGCAAGCGUCGAAAGACUCCCUAACAGUAAAUCAAAAGCCAAUAGAAAUAGCGAAGCAAAAAACAAAGGAAUUAAGAGCUGCAAUUCAAGCUGCCAACAAAGACAAAAAAGCGAUAAUGGCCCAAGUUGAAGAAUUCAAAACCCAUCCCGAAAAAAUUAAGCAAAUAGGUUCUGCGGCUCACUGCAAGAUCGCGGAGCAAAGCAAAAUAAUUAACGCACUUAAAGAUAGACGAGUAAAAUUGGAGAACAAAAAACAAAACGUGAUUAAGUCUGGAUUAGCAGCUUUGGUAGAGGCACGUGACGCAUUGUUCCAAACCAUCAGUAUAUCUGAGGAGAAAGUCAAUUCGAUACUAUUAGAAGGUUGCAAAGAUGUAGAAGAAUCCACAAUCCACUUACAGGCAAAAUUUGAACAUUUAGUUAGUGUUAAGAAAAUUUCGGAACAAUUACUGAAUACUAAAUUGUUCUCGCAAGAUACAGAUAGAGAUACGGGAUCAUAUUAAUUAUUGAAAAUAGGAGUUGAUGUUCACUUUUAAAGUAAGAGUUAGAGUAAGUUAUCAGUUUCAGUAUCAUUUAUUACAAACAUUUAUUUAAAAAUUAUUAUGAUUAAAUUUGUAUCUUUCUUAUAUGCCGAUUCUACUUAAUACAUUUCAUUUGAUAGUU